GCUUGCUUCUUGCUUCCAACACGUUUAUGCAUACUUGACACUUCUUUGAUCUCAAUGCUUGUCUGAAGAGUGGAUAGAGAAGGUUAGGUGAAUUUCAUCCAUGGCGAAGCAGAAGCAGAGCUACUCUGUUUGUGCGCGUCUGCUUAUUUUCUUCUUCUUCCCCUGUGCUUCCUCUGUUUCAAUUGCUGCGCGUGUGGCUCCUCUCUUGCAGACCCAGGAGAAAUCUAUCUUCAGCUCUGACUUUCACUCCAUUUACGACUCUUCCAAGUAUGGUAUACUUCAGCUUAACAACGGUUUGGGUCGGACGCCUCAGAUGGGAUGGAAUAGCUGGAACUUCUUCGCUUGCAAUAUCAAUGAAACAGUCAUCAGGGAAACGGCUGAUGCACUUGUAUCAACGGGUUUGGCUGAUUUAGGUUAUGUCUACGUCAACAUAGAUGAUUGUUGGUCUUCUGCAACAAGAAAUUCAAAGGGUCAACUGGUUGCUGAUCCUAAGACUUUUCCAUCAGGAAUCAAAGCCCUUGCAGAUUAUGUACAUAAAAGGGGGCUCAAGCUUGGUAUAUAUUCUGAUGCAGGGGUAUUUACAUGUCAAGUCCGACCAGGAUCACUUUUCCAUGAAGUUGAUGAUGCAGACACGUUUGCCUCUUGGGAUAUAGAUUAUUUGAAGUAUGACAACUGCUACAAUCUGGGUAUCCCGCCAGAAAAACGAUACCCACUGAUGUGUGAUGCUCUGAAUGCAUCUGGACGUACAAUUUUCUAUUCAAUCUGUGAAUGGGGCGUUGAUGACCCUGCUUUAUGGGCAGGCAAGGUUGGGAACAGUUGGCGCACAACUGAUGACAUCAGUGAUUCAUGGGUCAGCAUGACAACUAUUGCUGAUCUAAAUAACAAGUGGGCGGCUUAUGCUGGUCCCGGAGGGUGGAAUGACCCAGAUAUGCUGGAAGUUGGCAAUGGUGGCAUGACUUACCCAGAAUAUCGUGGUCAUUUUAGCAUCUGGGCACUAAUGAAGGCUCCCUUGUUAAUUGGCUGUGAUGUAAGAAAUAUGACUGCUGAAACAUUUGAGAUUUUGAGCAAUAAAGAAGUUAUUGCCAUAAACCAAGGUAGCAACAAUUCCUUCCCCUCUCUGAGCUAUCACAUUUUAUAUCCACUUGGAGUCCAGGGAAGGAAAGUUCAUGUUGCUGGAAUUGAUGGUUGCAGUCAGGUUUGGGCAGGCCCUCUGUCUGGAAACCGAUUGGUUGUUGCUCUCUGGAAUAGGUGCUCAGAAGUUUCCACUAUCACAGCCUCAUGGGAUUUACUUGGGCUUGAUUAUUCUAUUCAUGUUUCUAUCAGAGAUUUGUGGCAGCACAAGUUAAUAGCCAGGGAUGCAGUGUCAUCAUUCAGUGCUCGAGUUGGUAUUCAUGAUUGUCACGUGUACAUUUUCACUCCGUUGACUGUGUCUCACUCCGAAGAAUAGCUCAUUCUUCACCCACCCUAGGAAUUUGGAUGCAUGGGUCUGGCUGGUUCAACUUAACGCAAAAAAGUUGGAUGAUAUCGAAGAAGACGACCAUGUCUUACCCAUUAAGGAUUCUCUACUUCUCUGAGUGUUCAUUGCUUUUGUUUUUGGUUCCUGGAUGUGGGGUCAUCCUUGUGUGAUAUCUUGGUCCGAUGUACAUACUUUUUCAAGUGGAACUGUUGCCACUAUAUUUAAAUACUCGAAUAAGGCCAUGCUUAGAUCAUAACGCUGAGAUAAAAUAUCAUCGUUGGCUUGAUAUAUGUUA